UAAUGCUUCGACCUUUCCCCAGAUGAAUCAGCCUAUGUUGAGGAGAAUAUUGUCUUUUGUGCCGGCAUUUCAGCCAUUUACCAGGAUAUUAUCACCGAAGGGGGAUCAAUUAUCAAGAUUGAUAAUGAGCCAGGCAACAACUGAUGGUUUGGACGAUACCCAAGUCAAGCUGCUUGCAGAGCAAUGUAUUCUUGUAGAUAGAGAUGACAAUGUUAUUGGAGCAGCUACUAAGAAAGACUGUCACUUGUAUGAAAAUAUCCAAAAAGGUAUGCUUCAUAGGGCCUUCAGUGUGUUUCUAUUUAACACCAAAGGAGAGUUACUCCUACAGCAGAGAUCCGAUGCUAAAAUAACAUUCCCAGGAUUCUGGGCCAAUACCUGUUGCAGUCAUCCUCUUCAUUUUGAUGAAGAGAUGGAGCUCAAAGAUGCGCUUGGAGUGAAGACAGCGGCUCGCAGAAAACUCAAACAUGAAUUAGGAAUAGAACCAGAACAGGUACCUAUAGAAGGCUUUACAUACUUGACAAGAGUUCACUAUCAGGCUGCUUCUAAUGAAGGUGUAUGGGGUGAGCAUGAAAUAGACCAUGUUCUCGUCUUCCAAGGUGACGUAGAUUUGAACCCUGAACCUAACGAGGUCCAGGAAGUAUGCUAUGUCGAUCCCACACAGUUAGAGGAGCUGUUAUGUGCAGGAGAUAAGGAAGAGAAGAAAGUCAGCCCAUGGUUUGCUAAGAUUUCCCGCCAUCUACUCAUUCCAAAAUGGUGGACCAAACUAGAAGAUGUGAAGAGCUUCCAAGACCAUGAUACGAUACACCGGUUAUAGUGGAGAUUAUUUCUAUAACAUUAGAUAAAUAUUAAUUAUGAAAUAAUGUCAUAUGUGAAUGGAUCCAUUCUAGGGUUCCUUAUCCAUGUUCUCAAAUCCAUUUGACAAUAAACCAGUUGUAUGGUCAUUAUCAAGAACCAUUGGCCUCUAUGAGAUCUAAUUGAUUUGAUCAUGUUACGAGACGUGUAUGAAUGGAUACCGCCAGUUGCGGAGCGUGACCCGGAGGAGACAAUUGAUUGGAGGGGCACUAUACUGUUUGUGAACAAUGCUGUGCCCCUCCAAUGCUUCGUCUCCUCCGGGUCACGGUCCGCCACUGGAUACAGCUGAGUAAAAGAUCAGUCUCAUUUGUCCUAUGUUUAUACGAAUAGAACCUGCUACUGCUGAAGGGAUACUGUAUCAUGAAAAUGAUAUUAAUUAAAAUAAAGAGUACAAAUGAAAACCAAGAACUUCCAAGUACAUUGAAAUAAAGAAUUGCAAAGUUUAAAUAUUUUAAUGUUGCUAUUACAUUAUUGGUAAGCAAUUCUUUAUGCACCUCAGAGCUGCCAGUUUAAUAGUAGGAAUUUAUCCUGUUUAUAAUUAGGAUCUUCUUAAUUUGUAAUUGUUAAAGUUUUUAUGUUUUUUAAAUUUCUCCUAUUCAGAAGGAUUUUAUGCUUGAAAGCAAGGUAACAAGAAAUAAAGGAGAUAAGGUUUUUACCAAUUGGGUUUGGUAGCUCUGGCAUAUCAUUAAAGUUGAUCAUGUCAAAUAUGUACUAUUUCUUUUUUGUUCAUAUUUUCAUUCCAAUAAUAUAAAAUCCAGGCUUCUUUUGCAUCUGUAAAAUCUUCAUCACUUUGAUAUUUCAAAUGAAGAGAUUCUUUAUAAUUUCCAUGUUUUGGUAAGUUUAGUUGUCAAAAUUAACUUGAUUGCAUAAGCAAGACACCUUUCUGUGACAGUGGAAAGAAGUACAUACCUAUUCCUACCUUUUUAAGAUCACUCUGACAAUGAUUCGGUUCGAUUUAGAAAAGCAAAAGAAAAAAUGUGAGAACAACAUUGUCAACUGUUAUGAUGAAAACUUAAUGAGAGUAAAGAAUUUACAAGUUUUGAUUCUGUGAUUUCAUAUGCGAGCAGCAGUUUAAUGAUUCAUGAUGAUUAAAGAAAAAUCCAUUGACGUUCGCAUGAAAUUAUGUAUCUGGUGAUAUUAUUGAAUGCACUGAUAAAAUCACUUUCAUUUUUGAGAAAUGACAGUUAUUCAAUAUGCGUAUAUCAAAAAAUGUAUGGGAGAGCUCCUCGCGAAUGUCUAUGACAUCACAAAGUUAAGUAAAUAUCCCGGAGUUAACUCAUGUAUUCUUCUUUAAGAUAAACAUUUGCCAAUCCUUACUUUUCAACUUUUCAUGUAUAGCCAAAACAAAAGGUUAUGCCAGAUUUGAAUGACGCCUUUUAAAGGUAAAAAAUGAGGCAGAGAAUUUUGGUAAUGUGUCUAUACUGUACAUGUAUUAUACACAUAUAUUUUUGAUGUACAUGUACAUGUAUUUGGACAUUCUUUUAUGUAAUUGUCCAUGAUUGAAUUUCAAAAUAUGCUGCUUUGUUGAAAUGCCAUCAAAGGUACAUUGUAUGACAAACAUUUUGAUGUGAUUAUCUCUAUUAGAGCAAACUAAGUGCUUCCAUUACUUGGAGCAUUCAUGUUUACUUUAAUAUAAGAGUAAAAAAGCUAUUCAUGUUUUGAAGACCCAUCCGUAGUUUAGGGUCAGUUGUACCUACAUGCUCUCCAUAAUUGUUACUUGUAUCUUUAAUUAUGUUACUUUUAAAGCUUAUUUACAAUAUUGAAAGCAUAACAAGAUACAUGUACGUGUAUUGAUUUGAAAAGGAAUAUCCACCAAUAAGUUAAUUUGCAAGAUGAUAAGGACGAUGAUGAACAGCAUUUAUCUGUGAAAAACAAAAACAUUCAAAUGCGCCAGCUCCCCAAUAUGUCACACAAUAUUCACAAAGUUGCUGGAAAAGAUGGGUCUUUAGUUCAGAUUUGAAGGUCUCAAUGUUAGGAACAUUUAAAAAUCCUCUUGUUAUUCGUAGAGGAAGACAUUUACCAUGGACAUGUUCUGAAAGCAAGGGCAAGUAUUCAUGGAUGCCUUCUCUGUAUUCAAUAUGCAUGGCGAUUUGCUCAAUAUUCUCUGAAAAAAAAGCUCAUUUGUUUUUUUUAUUAUGUGAAUGUUAAUUAUAUCCUGAUGAGUGCUUCAUAAAGCUGUUUGUAAUGCAUGGCUUUACACAGGACUGAAACAUUGCUUCAAAUACAGAAGCCAUUAAAGCAAGUUCCAACUAA